AUGGCUCCUGUUGUUGAGCUCCCUGUGGACGGACUGGCCUACCAUGGGUUUGCCAUGAUCCUGUAUGAUGUACUGGACUCGCUAGGCGUCCCCACAGAGAAGCUCGAGUACGUGUGCCGAGGUGAGCCUGGACCCGACGGGUUCAAGGGCCACAUCGUGGUCCACCUCAAGGUCCCCGCCAGCGAGUUCGUACCCAUGCUGCGUGCCUUUGAGACACUGGAGGUGGAGAACUCCAUCGCUUCGUGCGUACAGUCCGUCUCACGCACUGCUCUUCGUAGUGUGAUGCGUGACGCACACGACUACCUCAAGACGGGACCGUACUGCCUGCUGGCUGCCGCUCUGGACCUCAACAGGUUCUCGGAGCUGCAGAUCACUACUGCAGACAGUGCUGCGCAUGAUGAGUACAUCAUCGCCCAAGAUCGCUACAUCAUGGAUGUGGAGAUGCAGAACCGCCGCUACCGAGACCUCCUGUUCCGUUGCGACGAGGAGUUCCUCAAGCUGGAGUGCAAGGAGGAGGAGAUGGUCAGCAAGCUCGAGGAGGAGCGCAUGGGCUAUGACAGAAUGAAGACCUUCUACGAGACCCGUGAGAAGUCACUUCGGGAGGAGAUCGCCAACCUCAAGGACAAAGUUGGGGAGGCUGAGCUUCGCCACGACUAUCUUGAGUCCAAGGUGCUUGAGUGCGAGGAUCGGAUUGAGCGUCAGAGACAUACCCUGAGGGAGUUCCACAAGAAGGAGAAGCACCAUGGCAUCAGGAAGCUUGCCCUGGAGGCCCGUUGCAACAUGAUGGAGAAGCUGGCUGUGGAGGCUGCCGUCACCACCACCUACAACAUGCAUCACCUGGUUCACUACAUCAAGUGCACCGAGUACCUUCAGGACAAGGAGAUCAGGAAGGUCCAAGACGUCCUCUUACCUGUGAUGCGCAAGAAGCCACGCAGACAGCCCUUCCACAUUGAGGCCACCAAGCUCAACUUCAAGGUUUGCCCGACAGAGGGUUACUCAGAGGUUCCAAGGACAGAGAUGCUGGACUACACUCUCACCUACGUUGCGAGGAUCCACCGCUCUGACGACGAGCUCCAUGCCAUGGAGGGCACUCCCGAGGCUUCCACUUCCGGUCCUUCUACACCACCUGACACAUGUUGA